UGACCUGUUACUGCACAUUUUCCUGCUGAACAAUGUCCUUCUGCACUAAUGUAUUUAGUCCCUUGGGCAUUCAUCUCCACCAUUGUUUUGUAGGGUCUGUCGUGUCUGCUGUAUGCGUUUCUUCGAAGGCUUUCAGUCUCUAUUCUUCGCGGUUUCUUGAAUGCGACGCAUGGAGAUCCUUCAAUGUUUCGAAAUUAAACGGAUUUCGAAAUGAUUUUUCCGGGCGCCAGGGUCGGCGAAGAGUGGCUUUCGCAGCGUCUGAAGGUUCCAGUUCUGGCUCUGAUUUAGAAGACUAUGGACAUUCGAGGAAAAGGAAAGUUGUAGAACACAUUUGUCUUCUGAAAGCAAACAGGGAGUUGUCUGAAGAGGAAGAGAAUGAUAUGCUAGAUUAUCUUUAUACAUCUCAGUACCAAAUGGGUGGAAUUGUUGCAAUAUCAUUGGGUCGUCUCUCUGAAAAGAACCCUGAUGGUUACACCCAUGCUGUAUAUUUGCGUUUCCAAAGACAAGAAGACCUUGCAAAGUUCUACAAGAACUCUUUCUAUUUAGGAGUUCUAAAGGACCAUGUUAUGCCAUACUGCCAUGGAUUGAUAUAUGUGGAUUAUGAAUCUGAAGUAGAAGAUGAUAUCCUGCCCAUAUUUCGGAAAGGAGAGGAAUUCAACUAUGGUCUGGAGUUUGUGCUUCUGAUUUCAGUUGUUGAGACUGGAUAUGGUGGACCUGUAGAUGAUGCAUUGGCUACUCUAGCAAAGCUGCCCAUGAAAUUUCCCUCCUUAAUAGUACAGGUCACUCAAGGUUCAAAUUUCAAUAAUUCAGACACUGAAUAUACCCAUGGUGCAGUUAUACGUUUUCGAUCCAGUGAGCUUCCUAUGCAAACUGUGACAUUUGGUUGUUUCAUUACUCUGUUGGUUGUUAAUCUUGCAUCUAUUCUUGCAGUUGAAGCCUUUGAGAUAUUUGUAGGCAGCUCAGAAUACAAAGACAUGUGGAAGUCAAAGUUCCAGCCAAUCACCCAAAAAAGUCUUGCAGUUCAUUUUUCUGUUGAUCCCGUGGGCACUGAGAUUAUGUAACACAUCGCCUUUGGGUUAACAUUAGUUUUGUCAUUCAUUUUUGCCAUUUGAACAUCGUCUUCUGCUUAAGAAUUUAUUUACCACUUCCAUGGGUUCUAGAUGGAUUGAAGGUGCUCUUUCUCUUUUUGUUAAGCUUGUUUAAAUUGUAAAUGAAUGAAGCCACACUUUGGAAUAGUCUUA